GUAACAACGCCAAACACGUUUCCAACACUUUUAUCUUAAAAAGCAUUUUUAUAAACGCUGAAAAAUACAUAUAAACAGCGCCGGUUUUUUCUAUUAAUUUUUUGCGAAAAAGUAAAAUACACCUAAUAUGUCCUUCAUGAAUCCGGUUGACAUGGUAGACGAGGACGCAGCGGACCUGCAGUUCCCCAAAGAAUUCGAAAAUGCCGAAACGCUGCUGAUAUCAGAGGUGCAUAUGCUUCUUGACCAUCGUAAAAGACAAAACGAGUCCGCCGACGAGGAACAGGAAUUUUCCGAAGUAUUCAUGAAAACGUACGCCUACACAGACAGUUUUCGAAAGUUUAAAAACAAGGAGACAAUUAUGUCUGUAAGAAGCUUGCUGAUGCAAAAGAAAUUGCAUAAAUUCGAGCUAGCGGCCUUGGGUAACCUGUGCCCAGAGGCGCCGGAAGAAGCCAAGGCACUUAUACCAUCGUUGGAAGGCCGUUUCGAAGAUGAAGAGCUACGCCAAAUUCUAGAUGAUAUAGGCACUAAACGCAGCUUACAAUACUAAGUUCUAAAAAUACCUUAGCAAAGAUAACUUAAGAAAACAAAUGGUUUGAAUAAAAGAAAAUUUUAAAUUUAA